AUGGCGGAGCUCAAGUCGCGCGUGCUCACCGCGCUCGCCAAUCUCUCGGACCGCGACACGCACCACAUCGCCGUCGAGGAGCUGGACCGCAUCAUCCGCGCGCCGCCGUCGACCGACGUCGUGCCCAUGCUACUCAACGCGCUGGCAUCCGACUCCCCGGGGCUCGCCUCCCCGGCCAGGCGCGAGUCGCUGCGCCUCCUCGCCACGCUCUGCGCGUCGCAUCCGGACGCGCCGCACCUCCACAAGGUGCUCGCCCACCUUCUUGGCGGCUCAAGGACCCGGCAUCCGACACUCUCCGCGCGCGCGCGUGCCGAGACGUCGCGGGCCAGCUCGUGGCGAGUGUACCUCCGCCCUCAGCCGGCUUCGGCGUUGCCGAGGCGGGCAAUGCGACCGUGGACGCUGUUCGUGAAGCCGUUGUUCGAGAUUCUAGUAUACAAGAAAAUUCAUUCAGCAAUCAGGAUUUCAAAGGCCAUUGGCAUUAAAGUACAAAACGGCUAUGGUCUUACUGAGACUUCUCCUGUUGUUGCUGCUAGACGACCAUUCUGUAAUGUUCUUGGGACAAUUGGCCACCCAAUAAAGCAUACUGAAAUCAAGGUUUUCGACAUAGAGACUGGUGAGGUUCUCCCAGAUGGUUCAAAGGGGAUUGUGAAAAUUAAAGGACCGCAAGUAAUGAAGGGAUACUAUAAGAAUCCAUCGGCUACAAAUGAAGCUUUUGACCAAGAGGGUUGGUUCAGCACUGGAGAUAUAGGUUGGAUUGUAUGUCACCAUGCCAUAGGGCCAAGUCGCAAGUGUGGAGGGAUGCUUGUUCUUGAAGGGCGUGCAAAGGAUACAAUAGUCCUCUCUACAGGUGAAAAUGUUGAACCUGCUCAGAUCGAGGAAGCAGCCGGCAGGAGUAACUUGAUUAAUCAGAUAGUUGUGAUCGGCCAGAUUGACAAUGGUCUGAUGACACCCACCAUGAAAAUAAGAAGGGACAAAGUGACAGACAAGUACAGAAGGAAAUCGAAGCGUUGUUCAAGUGAGAUGCGGAGCGCGUGCGUGUGCUCUAAUAGCAGAUCUAUCUAA